GGACUUUCGUGCCUCAUCGUAGUUAUAAGGAAGAAGGGAUUGAUCCUGGAGUUACGAGACAACGUUUUCUUUCUUUCCUUUAUAACUACUCGUCUUGUCGUAAUCUGCAUUGCUCUUUCACUCUUUUUCUACAACAACACCAAUCAUGAGACUUUUCGCAGCAACUGCAGUAUUACCUUUCACCAGUGCUUUCGUUCCUGUGCUAUCCGAUCAUCAAGAUGUCUUGAAACCAGGAAAGACUGGAAUCGCUCCCGCGAUAGGACUUCACUUGACUUCAUCAUAUGCCAUCGCCACUCUUCGGCACAAAAAUGGCACGAUUGAGACCUUGGCAAGGGUCAAAGGAAACGCACAAUAUGUCGAUCAAAUGGCCUUCUGGUCAGACUUUUCCCUUAGGCGGAAUUGUGAGUCUGAGUCUCAGGCGAUCCUUUGCACGAUGGAGGACGCGCAAAGAUUUGCGAAUAAAGCCCAAGGGCGAGCAGCGACAGUAGCCGUGAAGCGAUUUGCUACACUCCUCAGCGACGUCAAGAAUGUGGUUGAAGCCAAGCUCAGGCAAGAGGUUAAAUACGUUUAUCCUGUUAUGCCGGUAUUGGCAGUCAUGGAGGAAGACGACCUGCGCGAUGCGCUCAGAUACGCGGGACUCGUCUGGUCAUCACCAAAUGGAAUCUCACCAUACUACGAGACAACCGGAGCAUAUGCCGGCAUGGGCCAUGGGCUCUGCGCGUCAUUCCAUAACAUUUCGGAAUGUAAGAAAGAAGAAUCGACAAUGCAGUUGGAGCAUGUGUUAUUCCUCAACUUCGACAACUCUUCAUUCAGCGCCGUGCUACAUCCAAUGCAGGCCUUGAACCGCAUGCGACCCAAUGUGUAUAUCACGGAACCAAAUCUCGGAUGGUGGAGCCUCGCCAUCGACCAGAGCGUGAGAACCGAGCAAUUGGCCCAAAUCGAGUCUGUUAUCAACGAUGUGGUCACUCCACUCAGAAUCAUACCAAGCAAGAUUAUCUUAUUGGGUGACCACGCCCAUAGAUGUGAAUACCACGGAUUGAUAAAGAGAGCAUUGUGGCGCUCACUCCACUUCGAUGCGUCGUCGCUUUUGGAGGCAAAUGACGGAAUUGACAGUGCUCUUUUGGCUGCGAAUGGCGCAGCGGAACUGGCGUUCCGGAUGGAGAACGCAGAAAUUGCAAGAGCGGCUGACUUUGAUGGUCCAUCAACGCGAGAGCAGCAAGGUCUCUCCGAGGAGGAGGUGUUGGAGUUGUGAUAUUGAUCGUGAUUUGCGGCCCGUUUUAAAUAUCUUCUCUUAUUGAUACCCCAAUA